GUGUAAAUUGGGUGGAGUUCAAUAAGCUGAUUUACAGCAACAGAUGUCAAUUAUAUAAAGCUUUUAGCUGUUGUGUUUACUUUUCGUCUUGUUCUGAGCAAUCUACACAUCUUCAAUAUGGCAGCGCAGGUAGUCCCAAAGAAGGCCUAUGAUCUGUUGUUCAAGUUGCUCCUCAUUGGAGAUUCUGGUGUGGGGAAAACGUGUGUGCUGUUCAGAUAUGCUGAUGACACAUUCAACACAACCUUUAUUUCUACCAUUGGAAUUGACUUUAAGAUCAAGACGAUAGAGUUGGAAGGGAAGAGGAUCAAGUUACAGAUAUGGGACACAGCUGGUCAGGAGAGGUUCCACACCAUCACCACCUCCUACUACCGUGGCGCCAUGGGCAUUAUUCUCGUCUAUGACAUCACCAGCCAGCGAUCAUUUGACAACAUCACUAAGUGGCUACAAAACAUCGAAAUGCAUGCGUCUGCCGAUGUUGAGAGAAUCCUGAUAGGUAACAAGUGUGACUGGGAGGCUCGGAGGGUGGUCUCCAAAGAGAGGGGGGCGGCACUGGCACACAAUCAAAACAUCCCCUUCCUAGAAACCUCAGCAAAAACAAACCUCAAUGUGGAAGAAGUCUUUGAAACACUAGCCAAGCAAAUCUUGAAGAAGCAACCAGCCAAGAAAGAAGAUGAGCAAGUGUUGGACUUAAAUCGCCAGAAGAACAAGGAUGACUCUGGCAAAGACUCAAAAUGCUGUUAGCAGUGCUAUAGUUGUUUGUCUGUGUGCAUGUACAGUGUAGCGUAACAUUAGGUCAUAAUUACUUUUGUGUGUAUGCUGUCAUAAUUAUGUAUAAUUAUACCCUGGUUUUCUCUG